AUGGCGGACGACGUUAUAGAAGAACUGCAAGAGAGUUUAUUACAGUUUGUAAGUCUACCUUGGGAAUAUUUUUACUGGAAAAAAUUAACUUUUUCUGACUUAUUCUACUUUUGUAGCGUGUGGAAGAUCCUAAUACUCACCUCAUCCUGGUAGCUACUCAAAAAUGUAUCGAUAGUGGCAAGCUGAAUAAACUUGCUGACGUUUUAACUUGCCCGGAUAAUAAGGUUUGUUUGAUUAUUUUUCUGAAAUUGUGCUAAUGUCACACUUGUAUAGUUAGUCUGCACCGAUCAGUGCCUAGAGGUAAGAACCGUUUUUUUACGGUGACAACUUUUGCGAGAAAUUGUUGUCAGAUUUCGAGACCAUUGGUGUCAGUAGAGGAUAUUACAAUAAAUGUAAAGUAAACUUCUUCCGUUAACCUUUACAUUGCAGGAUACUUUGGAAUUUGUUGGAUGGGAACUUAUUGGGGUAAUUUGUCAAGCCUUUGUUUAUGGAACUGAUGUUAGCGUCUUAGAAGAAUGUAGGAAGAUUCUUGAAGUCAUUGCUCUGGUAAGUUAGACAUUGGAGGCACAGUGACGUGUAUGGUGUCAUUUCCCCUGUAAGUUGAUUCAUCAGACAGCAGUUUGACUUGACUAACAUCACUUUACCCAAUAAGUAUAAAAUAGGCUCAUCCUUGUUGUAAAAACCCGUGAAACUCAUGAGUGACGCAAAAGAAUGAAUACAAAGAUGCCACUGAGAAGUCAACACAAUAGUAUACCUGCCAACUCUCACGCCUUAGGCGUGAGUCUCACGCCUGUGGGUUGAAAACUUCGAUCUCAUCUCACGCAGGCUCACGCCUGCGCGCCAAUUUCUCACGCCUGAUUGAAAGAUGUGAGUUGUUGCCGUCUUGCUUGACACAAUUUCCAAAAUAUGUUAACUCAGACCCAUGUAAGGAACAAAAACCAUGUGUAAAAUGAAUAAAUGACAAUACCUUCCUCACGAUCUCUGAUUUUUGAAGUGAAAAGCACUGGGAGCGAGCUCGCCUUCGGCAGACUUCGGACGUCUUCGGAAGACUUCGGACGUCUACGGACUUCUUCGGAAGACUUCAGACUUCUUCCGGAAUCUUCGGAAAUGAUCUUGUUGUCUUCAAAAAUCCCAGCACUCCCAGGAUAAAAAUCUCACGCUUAUAUCUCAGAAAAAGUUGGCAGGUAUACAAUAGAGCUAAGGAAAUUAAUAGCUAGAAAACAAAUAAAAACUUCACCGGUUUUUGCACCGAGGUAAACCUAUAAAAUAAGUAUUUGUUAUUCCAUGAGCAAGCAUAAAAGUAACUUCUAAGCCAUGUUGUUCAGUAGCUUUUUUCGGUGAAAACUUAAUAAAAAAUAAUUCAACAAUCAAUGUAGCUGAGGUAGCUAGGGUAGACAUCAGUUCUGUCUCACAUCUAACAGUCUUAAGACUGUUCAAAUUGCUGGACUUUAAUUGUAUUGCAACAAUGGAAUGUGGGGGGUGUUCACAUGGGCACCGGGGUGACAUUCGUGCCAGUACAAGUCCAAUCUGGUUCCCUUUCAUGGCUCUGUAUUUUGUUUUCAUGAUACCACCACAAAGUGUCAUGCCAGCACAAGUCACACCGGCAUGAGUUCACCCCGGUUGUUUGGAGCGAGAAUCUCACUCCGGUUAGAAAUUUUGCAAUGGUAUCAUGUAAUUUUGAAAUGACCACUCGUUUUGGUGUGAAAUUGGUCUGCUGGUUGACUGGAAUGUGUGGUUCCAAACGUUAUCCAUAACUUCCCCACGGAAGGAAUUCCAGUCAAGCUUCAUAUAUUUACUUAAAUUUUUGGGCCUUUGAGAACCCCCACCCCCAAGGAAUUUCCAAUCCCUUCCGUGGGGGGAGUAUGGAUAUUUUCUGGAACUUCACAAUGGGUAGCGCAUGCGUAAUUUUUGUCAAUCCAAGAUGGUGUCGUCAUGUUUGUCAUGGAACAACAGAAAAACAUGCAAACAUGUUAAUGCGAUACAAAAUCAAGAAGUCACCCCAUUAUGAAACUCAUGCCUUUAUGAGUUAUUUCAUGUAAACUUCCCCUUAAAUAUGUCUCAGAUAUGUUUGUUUAUCGUGUUGUAUUAUCUGUCAUCAGCAAGUCAGCUUAAGUCCAGGUGCAAUUUUGUCAGCUAGGGGAACCGACUGUCAGGUUUAAUUACAGCUAUGCCCUUGAUAUUUUUAUCACUUCCCUGUCUGUUUUGUAAAAUAAUGACAGCCCAGAAAUAGUUGUACCUCAGGGGUAUUUGCAACUCAAAGAAGCCAGUUUAGGCAAGGAUACCAAAGGUGAUUAUGUUAUUUAGUUUCAUCCUUAACCCAUUCGCUCCUGGAGAUUUUGCCGAAAAACGCGUUUUGAAGCUAGUCAAGUGGUUUUCUGGUCACUGUCGUGCUAUAAAGAGCUAAAACUUGCCACAAACCGGUUUACAGGUCGUACACUUGGCGGCCUUCUGAUCCAGAUGCAAAAUAUCAGCUUACGAAGUUCGGGCAUGCGCAGAAAGCAAAAUUUCGACAUAGUUUUUGGGUUUAAAAGUGACACAGCAGUCUUGACUUUUACUUUUCGCUUUCUCUCCUCCCUUCUUUUUUCGCUUUUCUUGCCUGAUUUUUUUUUUCUCUUGCUGGGCAUUUAGUAGGCUUCAUUUUGGUGGGAAGAGUUUUUAGGAAAGCUUUUAGGAUCUUAGGAUUAGGUGAAAGGAAAGGUAGGUGGGUAAUGGAACAAGAUUUUCAUGGAGAUUUUCAGGUCCUUGUCACGUGGUUUUUUGCUUCUUUCUCCGGUGUCCUUGACUGAAUUGUGCUCAUUCUUGUAUGGUUUGGAAGAUCUCUUCACCCUGCACAAGUUAGUGAAGAAAGUUGUCCUUGACCGUUAAAACUGAUGACGUCACAAAGGGUAGAAAGGACCUGGAUCCGCACGGGCGGUUACGGGCGGUUCAGGGGCGAAUGGGUUAACUGAAAAUGGAAACUGCUAAUCAUUUGUAAUUUAUUAUGUUCAACCUUUCAGACAUGUAGUGCAAAGGAGGUCUGCAUUGGAGUGCUGGAACAACUAGACAGAGAUACAACUUUCAGUUUGGAACGGUUUGUUGUUUUGUUGGACAUGCUCAAAAUGGGUAUGUUAGUCUUAAUAAUAAUCAAGGGAUUUUGGUAGAUGGUUACUGAAAGUUAUAAAAAAAUGCAUUUUAAUUCAUCGUUAGGUGCUGACAUUACUGUUGUCAUUAUCAUCAUCAUCAUCAUCAUCAUCAUCAUCAACAUUAUCAUCUGAUCAUCAUCAUAAUCAUCAUCAUGAAUUGAAUCAUCAUCAUCAUCUGAUCAUCAUCAUCAAUGACAUCAUCAUCAUGAUUAUGGUCACUGUUAUAUGCAUUAUCACAGUGUCCUAAUACUUAAAUUUACUGUCAUUGCCAAUGUCAUUAUCAUCAGAAGUUCAGAAUCUCUUUGUAUUACCAUUCUAAUAAUCUUAGCUGUACACUGUACUUGUCUGAAAAGAACCCAAAGUUCUUUCUGUGAUGUCUCUAAGUUUUUUGUUGCAGCGAUUGCCAGACCACAAAUAGAAAGAUAUAUGUACUGUGGAACCUCCAUAAAAGGAACUUAUAUGUAACAUUAGUCCUCGGCAUAAAGAAUUAUAUUCUUUUUGCUCUGUAAAUAAGCAAAAGAAUUUGAAAGAAACUUUUAUAUAAUGAAUCCUCAUAACACAUUUUGCCAGUCCCUUGGCUAUUUGUUGUAUUGAGGUUCAACUGCAUUGUUUGCUGUUUAACUGACAAUAUUCUUCCCUGUCUGAUGUAGCCUUCUGUUAUGCCUCCUUCCCUUUGUUAAUGAAUUGUUUAAAUAAAUCAGUGGGAUAAUUUUGCUUUUAUGGUGGUUCAUUUCGUCAAGUUAGUUUAAAGGAGCUGUGUCAAGAAAUUCAGCCAAAUUAGGAAAAUUACAAAAUGCCCGUUAAAUCAAGAGAAACAUAAAAUUAACUGCUUAAAACUUUAAAGGAAGGUUAAAAUAACAUAACAGAAACAACAGAUGCCACGGAUGGGCAAAACUGGAGAAGAUUGAAACAGAUUGAAAUUAGGGUUUUUGAAAACUGUGAACUCAGCCUAACAGUUUUUCAAAGUUGAUCCCUGCUGCUUGCAACUUCAAAAAUAAUGCUCAGGAGACAUAUUUGUUUGUCUCAGAUCUCUGGUUGUGUCAUUUACCUGUAAUUUCUUUACUUACUUUAAGUUCCAUAGCGAGUCGAUUGAGGGCAAAUAAUUGGCAAAAUUAAACAAAAUGAACUGGACUGCCAUGACACAGCCCCUUUAAUUUUUCGAGCUAAAUAAGAAGGGGGGAUUUUCAUGAAUGCAUGCACAUCAUGAGUAAAAUUGAAAUUCUUGGAAGAAAAAGCAAAAAUGAAACAACAACAACAGAAACACAAGGCUUCUUUUUUUCACUUUAACAGCAGUCAAUAGAAUGAAAGAGAAGAAGUUGAAAUGUCUUAGUAUGGUGUUGCCAUGUGUCUUGCAAAACAUCAGAAACAUUAAAAUAUCAGAUGAAGUAAUAGAAAAGAGCUCAAAUGAGGACACAGAUGAAAAGGGCCAAGUAAUGCUGCAUUCCAUGAAAAGUGUACUGGAGUUUCUCAGGCCACUUGUACAAGAAGUCAAUGUAGAGUUCUCCUGUUCUAGCAAGGUGAGUACAUGGAUAUAAUGAAUAAUAUGCUUAACAAAAUUAAUGUAAAGUAUGCAAUGUUGUGGUAUUUGGUUUGUAGUGGUUUUAGCUCAUAGUUGUCUCAUAUGUUAAAGUUCAAAGUUGAUUUUAGGUUACCGGUACUUGAUUUAUACUUAAAUUGAUUCUCAUUUUUCUUUGUCUUUUAGUGCUAAGAGACAAAGGGAAAUUGAGAUUAAACUGAGGUUAAAUCAAAAUUAACCUGCAAUCAAAUUUGACCUGUGAUGCGUACAUUUUAAUGGAAAGGAAAUUGCAAUGAGUAAUGAUGCAAUCAAGCCUCAGGGAACCCAAGCAGUUCGAGCAUGUGAAUUCAAAAUAGAUUGAAUUGUUUCUAUUGUCAGUACAUGUAGGUCACACUAGGGAAGGCAAAUGGUCAUAGCUUAAUUGCCUUAUGAGGAUUGAUUGCAUAAUUUCUUGACAAUUGAUUUUUUUGAUCAGUGGGUUAAAAAAAUCUUUCCAGGCUGUGAUUUACGUACAAUGUAUCUUUAUUCAUUUGUUGAAAACAGAAAAAAAUUGAUCAACUGUGGUCAGUCUACUAAAUGAGUCAAUUUGUGAGUUACCUUGCAAUAAUAAUAUUCUUACCUCCAAAUUUAAGUCUAGGAUAAGAAAACAGUUGGACACUUGUGCCUACCUUACAUUUGCAUUAACUGAAUUAGUUUAAAGUGGUAGACAGGGCAUUGAAUCUCAAGUUGAUCAAACAUUUCUGUUUGUCAGCAAGAUAACAAAAAGUUAACAAGCUAAUUGUACAUGCACUUAAUUUUUUAUGGAUUAUUUGCAUUAGAGUAAAUGCGAAUCAAUUUUUGAACAUAUCCGACUACAUUGUCAAAUUUAUUCUUGAUAAUGAUGUUGAAUACAUUGAAUGACACUAAUAGUAUCCUAAUACUGACAGCUAUUCAAUUAAUGUUGUCAGAAAGUUGAUCUACACCAUUAGACAGCAUGGCUAUAUAUUAGGUAAUUUUAUAACACCAAACUCACUUAACUCAGCCAUGAAGCAACCUUGUACGUCAUAAAGAUAAUCACAGACAUAAACUUUUGAUGUUUUACACUGUUCUGUACAGGCACUGACAACUGCAAAACUGUGACCAAACUACAACUACUUGUUACCUAAAUCUAACAAAAUUGAUUAAAAUAGGUGUAUAUUUAUAGGCGCUAACUGUUUUUAAAUAUCUUGUCCUAUCUUAUCAGUCUUCCUCUAGUUCAUACAUCACUGGCUUACAACAAGAGGUUCUGAAAUGGUAGGCACUGUUUCAACCAUUUGAUGGUCUUACUUUGCUUUCUUAAAACCUGUUGAGUUUCUGGUGUUUUGUAUUUUAUCUGUUUUUGUGUAUGUUUGUUAUAUAAACAUUCAUUGUGUAAUUUUUGUGCUAGUUUACUGCUAUACAUUUAGAAUACCUAAAAUCCAGUGAUGUCUGGCUAUGAAUAAAUAAAUCUUACUUUUCCAAAUCAAAGUAGAAUAAAGAUUAAAGGAAUGUACUUGAUGCUGUACAUUAGGCUGAAUUAGCAACAGAACGGGAACGUCAUUUGAUGACAGUGCACGUAAAUUAAACAACUGGCUUGACCAAUGGCGAAGCGGCAAAUUGGGCACCAGAAGUCGUGUUAGUCCUUUUUGCGCUCUUUCGCAUUGUGAACUGAAGUUCCCGUCCUGUUGGUAAAUCAGCCUAAUGUACUGACAAUAUUCACGGUUCAAAGCUCAUUAUAAUUUAAGUCUAACCAUGCUUAGUUUGAUACACAGUACUUUCUGCUUUCUCUUUGUCUACACAGGUAUUAUGUUUCCCAUUAUUGACUAUAAUGAGGGUUACAGUACAGGUUAACUUUAUGGGUGCAACUUCUGUUAGAGACUCCCUUGAUCCUUGCUCCAUCUUUUCUCUUACAUUUAGUUUGAUAGAGCUUCUGGAUUAUCCAGUCGUUUACUUGGAUCUAGCAAAGGAAAGUAAUGAGAUGGUUGAUUCUGAAGAUAAAGACAACCAUGAAUCUGACUCAGAUAAAGAAUUAGCUUUAUCGGCGUCACCAUACAGACAGCUGGCACAAGAAAUUAUGGUAAUAAAUCAGGAAAUUUAUAGUAAUAAUUCUCGUAUGAACCACUGUGCAUGAACACAAAUAAGGAGGUGCAAUUAAAUUUUGAUUGCUUUAGCAUGAGGAGACAAACACUUGAGGCAUUAGGUUGGAUAGAUUUUUUUGUUUUUGAGAAAAAUCCGGCUUUUUGGACAUAAACCAUCUUUAAAUUCAAUGAAAUAGUCUUAGAUUUUUUCUUUUAUCACUGCUGACCGAUUUGUUGGAAUCAUCAUUUUGAUGGGGAUGAAUUUGUACCGUUAUACGACGCCAACAAAGUCGUUGCAUGGUGCUUCAUUUAACUAGAUUAUUUUACCCUUUGCCCAGGGUAUAAAAUUGCUGACUUAUCUUUAAUUAAUAAGGUUUAAAACUUUGCUCUUCCAUCAGGUAACCUUUGAUGUAAACACACAACAUGUAGUUGCCAUGUUGUUAGCUCACAGACUUUUAGGGUGCGUUCAUUUUAUCUUUUUCCGUAAUAAGAAUACGCCGGCAUAAGCUUUGAUUGAAAUCUUUUCUAACGCGAUUUUUGGACCACUUAAACGCUACACUUGUCGAUAUAUUUUCUAGAUUUCUAGAUACUGCAAUGCAAUGAACGCCAUAAUAAGUGAUUUCUAGCGUUGAUUCCAUUUAUUCAUAUCCCGGCAUACGGUCCGCAAUCGAACACGGCCUUAAUAAGGAGAGAUAAUCAGUGUGAGGUGUUAGGUAAAAUUGCUUUCUGAUUUUACACCAACAGCAAUUUAUCCAGAUGACUAGUUGCUCAUAUGUGAAUGUUUAUCUCAUGGAAUAUACUUGGAAAAUGUGUCAAAUGCCUGAUAAAAUAAACAAAACAGUUGAAGACAAGCCAGGUGCUGAUGAACAAAUCUCAGUUGAAGAGGACUUGGAAGCCGAGGAGAAAGGUGACAUAGAUGGAACUAAAAAGUGCGAAACAUAUAUGUAUUUGUUAUAAUCAAAACCUGUACUGUCUAGUGGGGUACCACCAGUCCUCCAAGAGACGUCAUGAUAUUUCAGACCUGAAAAAAAAAUGCGUUUUGAGUUUUGAACAAUUUUUUGUCACUUUCUCUAUGGUUGUCAAAAGUCAUCAAGUGCGCGCUCUUAAAAAUUUUGCCUCGAGUGCAAACAUUAUAAAAUAUUGUCUUUUGAUUAGUGGCUUCCCACAUUUAAAAAGCGAAAGAAUAUUUGGUAUAACGAUUAGACAUGGUAACAGACAUUUUUAAAAGGAAAGUUGUUUUAACCGAUCUGAUUUUCGCGGGCCUCUGUCAAUCUGUAUCAGAGCUUAAGUUGACUGUUGCUUGUGCGUACAUGUUCUUACGUUGUUGGUGAAAGAAUCAGGGUCGUCACCUAAAAAAGUAAAUGUUAAAACAUGUUUUAAGACAUAACGCAAAGUUACUCGACUUCUCUAAAAGUUGUUGCACAAAGAAUUCUACUCAUUAGGGCCGUUUAUACAAGAGAAAAUAAGCCGCGGAUUACAUAAGAUGCGAAAGAAACCAUUUAUACGAGUGACAGCUUAGUUCGCUGCCAGACCGGUCCAAUGAUGACGUAGUUUGUUUUGGUGCCCCGUGUAAUUUGCAACAAUUUCGCGAGCGAAACGAUUGGCUUUGGUCUGGAAAAUCGCCUUAUAUUACACUGGCUUUAUCGUUUCAAACAUUUCUGUCAAGAUUAGUGCUGGGCUGUUGCGAAACUUGUGCGGAAACCUCGACAAAAAGUUCGUCAGCGAUCAACCGAGUGGUUUGAAAGAGAUAUUCCGGCGAUGGGUGAGGUGAAGUUUUGACAAAAUUUCCGGCUCUCUCGUGCAGAAGGUCUAUUUCCCGCCAUUGCAGCGGGGGUGAAAAGAGAGCAUGAGAGGAAUCGUUAAAGGAUUCAUCAAAUGGCGGACGACCAUUCUCGUCCCCAGAGCCCGUCGUUUCUUGGUCACGUCGGUUACAAAUUAAGCUGAGUGGCUCUGGGGACGAGAAUGGCGGACGACGACAGUGUUUGAGUGCAUUUAUACGGGGUGUUCGCGUCUUUUGUAAGCCGCGGCGUUUUUUAAACAGCCCUAUGUAUGUUACACUCAUAUAUUUUAGAUUAGAGAUGGACAAAUUGUUGUGCACUAUCAGUCUGAUUACUUUAUAAGUCCGAUAUGCUCAUUCUCUUUAUUAUGUUAACUUUUAUUUUCAAGAAACGAUGACGUUUCCAACCCUUGGCCUCAGCUGUUUUGUUUAUUUGUUGCUUGUGGAAGAAAUGGAGUUAAUGAAUUUUCCCGCUGUUUUUAGGUAAUAAAAUUUGCGUUGAGUUACGUGAAGUUUUUGAUUGGAUGAAAAAACCUCGGGCGACAUUCUUAUUCAAUCAGAAGCCGAAAGCAAACCAAUCGUAAUUUGCUCGUUCGCUUUUUCCCGCGCUUGGCGUUGGCUGCCGGUUACGCCUGUCAGCUUCAAGUUCUGAUUGGUUCUUUGAAUGUGUUUGCCUCUCUUGUUAUUGGUUAUUGGUAGCAUUUGCUUUGUCUUCGUUUUUUUUUACACGCGAAUUUUAUUACUAUCACUGUCGCGUCAAGAAAACUGCUCACCCAAGAAAACCGUUCUCUAAUCAUGUUCUUUAAGUAUUUUGUUCUGCCAUCUCACCCCCCUAAACCCUUUUCUGAUUCUUCAUUAAACUGUUUUAAGAUUUCUGUUAAAUCUUAAGCAACCAUGACGGCAACGACAGCGAGAACACUAGAGAAAAAAAGGGUUAAAAAUUAAUAAAGACAACGCCUUUAAGCGUGCACAUUUUCCUGUCUCUUUCUGUACAACAAUGACGUCAAGGUUUGUAGAGAACGGGAAUGCAUGUUGUUUAAUUGUCCUGGCUGUAGUUUAAGCUGAAGGCCAUAUUUGGUAAUUCAUCUCAUGGAUAAUCGGAAACACAAAGAUCUGGGUACAACGUUUAUCUUGCCAAUGUUAUGCUUACGAUAAGCUUACGACAGAACCUUAAUCCAGCCAUUCGUUUGACUUAGCUUUUUAGCUUUUCAAACGUGGUUGUUUAAUUAGACCCCUAUCGUUUUUACAACUUAUCAUAUUGGAGAUAGCUUGGGUCCAGGCUCCAAGGGGAAAAAUUGUCGAGCGAAGCGAGGAUUCCCCCACUUGCCUUAUUCUAUUUUUUCUCUCGCAGUCUCCUCGCGGUUUUUAGCCCCCUUCCUCCAAACGGAGAGCCUGUUCACAAGCUUUUUUUGAUUCGAGCAUCGCUUGGGAUGUGCUUACUAACAAAAAUGGUGAUUAUAUAACAGUAAAGUUGCAAGUCUGAGAACCUGAGCUCCUUAUUUUAUUUUUUAAUUUGCAGUUUCAACUAUUUGCUGAGAGUUAACAUGAAGAACGUCCUUUUUCUUUUAAGAAGGUGAGUGAAGAAAACUAGUUAAUGGAAAUGUAAUGAUUUUAAUUUAAACUAAUACUUUGUUACCAGAUGAAUUGUCUUUGCAGUAGCGUUGUGACACAAGUUUCAGCAAGCGUUACCUCGUCUAACAUGGUCAGUCCAGUUGACACGUUUGAACUUCCGUUGCGAGACAUUUUCGGAUGUUACUAGAACGGGGAACGGGUAGCGGGGAACCAAUACGGGGAACGGGAAAAUGAAAAAUAGAAACAAAACCUAACUCGAACCCUAACCCUAUCAGUAACUUCAUUUCCAAAUCUCGGUUUUGUUCCCAUUCUAUAUUUUCUUGUUCCCUGUGCUCGUUCCCCGCUCCCCGUUCCCCGUUGUAGUGACAUCCUAUAUUUUCAUAUGAAAAGUAGACUUGCGCGUCUACUCCUGCAAAGCUAGAAUGUAUCUGCUACGUGUAUUGUUUUUUAUUAAAUUUGUUUCAGAUUGUAUAGCCGGCUAUAUCAUCAGUACGUCACGGAAAAUAUGCUUUGCAAAUAUUAUUAUUGCAAUAUUAUUAUUGUCGUUAUUAUUAUUAAUAUCAUCAUCAUGAUCAUUAUUAUUAUUAUAAGCUGCCUAUACCCUAUGCUGAAUAAACCUGUGAAAACAAAACAACUUUUUCUGUCCAGGCCAUUGGUAUGUUCCACGGUGCAUUUCUUGCUGAACUGAUUUUUUGGAACGUCACAGCUCCCAAUCUUCAGCUUAAUAUUAAGGUUUCUACCACAGUCUUCAGUUUAUUAUCUUUGUUUCGUUCACUUUUUUUACUUUCAUUUCUUCGUUGUUUUUCAGAACAGAGCACUGUGCCAUAAACAAGGGCUUGGUGCGUAUUUUGUGAGUGCGUGUGCUUCCAAUUUUAUAACUGAUUUUAGAACAUUUAAGGAGAUAUUCAACUCUUUGACUCAUUCACCAAAUUACAUAACAGCCUCUCUUACUUUUAAAGCUGUGGGCGAAAUCCUAUGGUGUUAUCAAUCAAAUGGAACCUCUUUGGAAAAACUUUUGCGUGGUGCUAUGUGUAGGAUUUUACAAAAAGAAAUUUGGAAAUUUUGUGAACUUUUGAGAAUUUGUUUACAUUUACCCAUAUAAGGAGUAAGAAUUAAGGAUAGAUACUCGCUUUUAUCUAUUCGGUAUUUAAGCUGAACAUUUGUUUACUAGAAGUCUUGGCUUUUCUAAUCCAAGUGUGCUCCUUUUGAUCAAAUCAGCUUGAGGGAGAGGGAUGGUUUCACUUUGGAAUUUAUUUUAUGAGCGGGACUCAGCUAUAAUAGCCAAGUACUGCAAGAAAAUAUCAGUUUAUCAGUUGAAAUGCAAACCGCGUUGAACCAAAUUGAGUGUUAGUAGGCAUCCGAGACACUGUUAUAAUAACUUAUGAACAAGCGUGUAUACUUUCUAGGCAGUUUUCAAAUAUAAUUAAGGGCCUCACUCAUCUUGGAAACAUGCGCAAUUUGUUGACAUCCUCUAUCUUUAAGUGGCGGUCUUGCAACCGUUUUAACAAAUGCGAUCUCUUUGCCCUUAGAAACUAUUGGAUGCAUUAUCAAGAAGGUUGAAGGAAAAAAGUAUGGUGUACAGGCAUGAUGAGUUCAAAGAUAUAACAGAAAUUGUAAAGGUACGCAGGUGUUUGAUAUUUCAUCCUAGGUUUCCGUCAGAUUCCAUUGGGUGAAUAUAAGUACAACCUAAUAUGUAACAGUGCCUUUUUGGGACCCUUAUUGUUUAAUAUCAACUUCAAUGACUUAUUUUAUUUCAUCAAAGAGGCGAAGCUGUCUAACUAUGCUUAUGAUGAUCAGCUGUAUUUUGCUGAUACUGAUCCAGCUAUUGUCGAACAUGUUCUCCACAAGAAACUUGUGGUGGUGUGUGAGUGGUUUCGUAUUAACAAGAUGAUCUUGAACCCUGAAAAAUGCAAGGCGCUGGUUCUCUCGCGAAAGCCCGAUGUCAAACUAUCACUAUUUGCUGAAAGUGUUGCUUUACACUAGUUGAUACAGCUGAUCUGUUUGGGGUAACAUUGAAUGAUUCCCUGAAUUUUGGAAAACACAUUACGAAAAUUAGUAAGAAAGUUGGAAAGCAGCUAGAUGUUCUUUUGUAGACUAAAGAAAAUAUCAUCGUUUCCGACCAAACUCUGCCUUUAUAAUUCGUUCAUAAUGUCUCAUUCUCGGUACAGCAUCACUGUUUGAAGUCUGAUAGCAAAAAAACUGGAUAGGUUGCACGAACGACCACUGUGUUAUCUAUACAGUGAUGAGUCUUCUCAAAGUAGCACUCUUUUUGGUUAUAUUGGUUACAGCCUUAUGGAUCGAAGUAUCUAGAACAUGUGAAUUAUAGUGUUUUAAGCAAUGAACAAUUAUCCACCUGAAUAUUUGAGAGACCUUUUCAGGUUAAGAGACAAUACUCAAAAACCUGAGAGGGGUUAACAAGCUGCAAGUAACGAAACCUAAUACGACUCGUUAUGGAAGAAAGUCAGUAAAAUACUUGGCGGCUAUCACUUGGAACAAGGUUCCUAAUACUUUAAGAUCCCUCGAUACAUUGUUAGCUUUUAAAAAAGCAAUUCGUCAGCUAAGGUUCUAACUUAUUCUCAAUAACAGCUUUAUCUAUCACGUAAUUAGGCUUUUUACUGUAAAUAGUUUUAUUGUAUAAUCAAGGCUUUACUAAAUUGUAAAUACGUUUUUGUUUUCCCUUUUACUUAUCGUUAAUUUUAUUUAUUUGUUUUUUUCCUCGGCUUACUAGCGUAUUUUAUUAUUGCUAGAGGUCUAACCAACCUCAUCAAUCCCGGGAUUAAAUAAAGUUUCAUUCAUUCCUUCAUUCAACCGACAAUCGAGGAUCGUACUGUUUAGCCUGCGAAUACGCCUGUCUCUUAGCGCUCCCCGCCGCUUGAGACCCUUGCUUAAGGGACCCCUAGGUUUUGGUCUCUUGCGAAAAGGCCCCAGGGACGGGAACGAUGAGAGACUGGUGUAUUCGCAGGCUAGUGUUUUGCUUAAACUCUUUUCUCUCAGUCUUAUUUCGCUCCUUAAAUUCCAAAUUGUAUGAAUACUCACUUUUUACUGAAAUCUUUGUAACUUACUCUAAGGGUACUUUUAUCAAGAAAGUAUCCCGGCCCUUUUCAUCGAAAUAGGGAGCUUUAGCAACGACGACGGCGACGGCGACGGCGACGGCAACGAGGACGUCAACAAAGCAAUAGGUUGAUUACGCAAAACAACAACUUUGCACGUGCAUCAUGCUUUUUUGCACAUUUCUUUACCGUCCUUGCACGACUACGACGUGAAAAUGCCCAAUUGCAAGUUUUAUGGAGGACGUAAACAAGCGACGACGAAUCUCUUUUUCUCCCUCUAAACUUGAGUGCGGUCCUCAAGAAAUCAACUCCAGGGAAAUUCGCCUACACUUGCCAUUUUCAGCAAACUGGAGUAAAGGCGACAAAGACUGAAAAAACGGGAAUUCAUUUUAAAGCUGACGUUUUCGCUGCCGUUGCCGUCGUCGAUACUAAAGCUCCCUGGUGUCCCCUUUCGCCACCUACUUCGAUUAGCGCACUAUCUACUUGCGUGUAAGAUCAACUCUGUCACGUAAAUUAAGACAAAAAACGUUGAUUUGAGUCGUCGUCAUCAUUAAUCAACUGAGAACCAUAAAUUUCUGAAAGAGUAUUUUCCCUUUUCACCAGGCCUUGAUAAAUGUCAUGACGAUGUGCUCUUCAAGAAAACUGGUGAGUUAAUGUUCUCUUCCGUUGUUUUUCUUUCUUUUUUAGCUCAAGGUAAGGUAGCUUACCGUGUUUUAUUUAAUUCAUUUUGCCUGUUUUCUUUCACUGCAAGUAUAGAACCUCAAACUGAUAAAAGAAACACCUUUUAUUGUUAGAAUUAUCGCCACGUAACAAAAAUAGAUGAACCCCGAGCAUUUUUAACCACCACCUCAUUGGGAAAAAAAGAGAGAAACUUGAAAAUAGCGGGCCACUAUUUCGCAAGUUUAUCUGAAUACAUUUCGUCUUAAUCUCCCUCUGUUGCGUCUAUCCUCGCUCCGUUUUGACUUAUCUAAAAUUUAAUGUUUCCCUCUUAAGAUUGAAGCAGUUAUUGUAAUUUGUAAGCUAAUCCUGAGAUCUUUUAGUAAUUAAGCUGAGAGGAAAAUUGCCUCAAAGGGCGCUGUUGGAGCCCCUUUGCUACAUUUAUGUGUCCUCCGAGAGAUCGGCUUUGUUCGGCAAUGUCAUCUGCAAUGUACAAUUAAUAUUCAUGUCUCAGGUUUUAGAUGUUGACUUCUUUUCUUGCAGAGAUCAAAAGGAGUUCGUGUUUUUCCAAAUUUUGUGUCAAAACUAGAUACAAAAAGUCAGUAUGGCUUGUUAUAGUAAGUGCUUUAUACUGUUUUAAAAUACUCGUGAAUUUCUGGUAAUGGUGGUGGGAGAUAAAUAUGUAAAAAAGUUCUUUACAGAGGUUUUUGAACGUUCCUGUUAAAAGGGUGGAUUUAUGUACUUUAUACGCGUAUGGCCGUCUCAUUUGCUACGUUGGAAUUUUUUUAACGUGAAACAAUAAAAAAUUCGCGUUCCGCGUUUACAUGAUACCGUUGCGACAUUUCGUACCGGAGUGAAAUUCUCUCUCCAGUACAACAACUGGGGUGAACUCACGCCGGUGUGAUUCGCGCUGGCAUGACAUUUUGUGCUGGUGAAGUUUCGCCGGCGCGAAAGUCGCCCUGGUGUCAUAUAAACACCCCCCUUGCAGGCUGAUAUUUUUGCGCCUUUUUUGUAAUCUAUAGUGAACGACUUACGUCUCUUCAAGGUUUACGAAAAACUCGGCUGAAAAUCGACAAAAUACCCCAACUUCAAAAGGCCAUGUGAAAUCUGACACGAACCACAAUUUGAUGCGAGGCUUUAAUUUUUUACAGUACCUUUCUUCAAGAUUGCAGUCACGCGGGAGUAGCCGGUUUGUUGAUAUAUCUGCUGAAGGAACAAGUGAACCAAGCCCUUUGUGUAAGUAACACGUUAAAACUUUAAGAUUCGGUUUUUUGCCUCUUUGUGUGAAGGGAUUUUUGAAAGGAAUUUUCUGAUUUGUUUUCAGUCUUCAGGAGAGGAGCCCUGGUUCCAAGGAACUCGUUUUAUGUCGAUAUUUCAGCUGGUUCUCAGACUUCCCUCAAAAACUGGGACAGAAAAGGACCUGGUACAAGAAACUGAUAGGUAAUUGAUCCAUCUCUUUCAGAAGGUAGAUACGGUACUAGAUUGUCUGGAGUUUUCUUCGAGGGUCCUCUUUCCAUCCAAGCUAUUGUUUUAUUCGAGAUUUAUAGUGAUUACCUUAACUUCUGUUUGCAGGAUCAUGGGGGCUCUUAACUGCCUGCGGUUUAUUCUUCUAAGAGAUAAGUGCGACAAGGUGAGAAAGAAUUUUUAUUAGUUAUUUUGAGGCUGCUGGCGACACUCGGGCGGUUUUUUGUCGAAGUGCACUAUGGGACUGUUUUUGGAAGGAAUUUUGACCCAGUUUCCCAACGCGACUUAGUAAUAACAACAGCCAUAAAAGAGUCGAUAGCGUCUCCCACAGUCCAAUUCGACCCAACAACGACUCAGUCUCGUGCGCAACCUCUAAAGUACCCUGGGUGCCAGAGGCUUUUCUAGCGCGGUUUCCGGUUUCUGUCAAGUCUUUAUAGUGACCCGCGCUUCGCCGCUCGUGGCUUCGGCCUACAGCCAACACCAAAAAUUCCCGCCACACGCGAGAAAAACCUCUGGUAUCCAGGAUACCUCUAAAGGGCCAAAAUGGGCAAAUUCAAAACCCGUUUUUUCAGACCAAAACGGCGCAAAAACCAUGCUCUUUCGGGCGGCGCAUACCUAAAAGGCUUACAUAAGGGAGUACCCCAGCUGACAACCGUAAAGAUCCAUAAAUGUGAAAUGACCCCUGAAAUAUUUGUAUGAAUGCAUGCUUCACGCUUGAUUGAAAAAACGGGGUUCAAUCAGGUCAAAAACGAAAAAUGUAAAGAAUUAAAUAAGAACACUUUUUGUCCUCGAAUCGUUUCUGUUUGUCCUCUUCCAAAGGGCUUGGUGUAAGAAAUUGUUUGCCAAGACCCGAGAGCUGAAGCUGAAGUUUGUAUUCCACCUUGUUAUUUUUUUAAUUUGAUUUCGAUCACCGGCAAAUCUUUGAUAUGUCAACGCCGAACACCAGUCAUGCCAGUAACAAAAGAGGACUCUAAAGUUUCAUGUCGCUUGUAUGAAAAUGGAAUUCAAUUCACUCAGUUUCCUAACCGUAAUCAUUAAACUUAAGAGUAAUUUGCUGUUUGGUGUUCAAGCAUUAUUGUUUUUGUUUUCUUGCCAUAAUUUUUAUCUGAAAUGACCCACCCCUUCCCCUCAAAAAUUAGAAGUUUGGCAAUAACGCAGGGGAGGGGGACGAGAAACCUGACCCGUCUGCCAUUUUGUCUUUUUGCUGCACAGACGAGGCGGCCUCAAUAUUUUGAUUGGGCGUUGCCUGAAGGGCAGCCCAAUAAUUACUGUGGGCCAUUAUCAUUCCAUUCCCCUACGCAACCCAUAAAAGGUUGAUCACGUGACACCAUGAUACCAUAGCCGCGUCUGUUCACUCUCUUGCUCUUUUCAUGCAGCGUUGUACGUUUUUCUAAGGUUCCCCAAACUAAGGCAAGGUCGUAUUGACAGCCAGCUUGAACUCACAGUCGUUUGACUUCCCGAACGGCAGAUCAACACCCUACAAGUUAGCUUAGGUUGCUGUCAGCGUAGUGUAUGGGUCCCCAUUACUACCAACCAGGACUUUGCGAAACAUAUACUACAGUAUCUACAUAUGAACUAGCUAACCAGUGUCCUUUUUUCUUGUUUUUUAGACAACAGCUUGGAAAAACUUCAAAACUAUUGAGACGAAUUUCGUGGAUCCCUUAAGAGAAACAUUGAAAGUAACCAGAAUACAAUACCAAGCAGAACUGUUAAGCAAACGGGAUGAAAUGACCGGAAAUAAACGUAAGUUCGGCGGCAACAAGUUUACAGCUAUCAACCCACAUGCGUAGCAAGCGUUUCGAAGCGAGUUACUGCGCGACAGUUGGCGCGAGGGCAAAGAAACAAGAAUGGAAGAAGAGGGAGGGUACCCCGUUUUUGCUCUCGUUCCAACUUUCAUGACGAACUCGGGCGGAAACGCCUGCUACGAAUGCUAACUUCAGUCGGUCGCCGAGCUUGAGACGUGUAAAGAGAAAUGAAGAAGAAGUUAAAAAAUUAGUGUUUUGAAAUAUUGAAUAUGAGAUAUCAACAGAACUGCGGGAUGAGAAUUUAAAUAUAUAAAGAGAAUUGUUGCAGUGAUAGACGCCACCUUUGCAGUUGGGAAAGGAACGGCUUGAAAAAUUUUAAAAGGCUCUGGUGGAGCGCCGAAGUACCUGUACACAUAUAGUGUACUAGUUUUUUCGUGUCGAAAGACACUCAGCUCUUCUCGUGCACACCGUUCAGUAGUGAAUCUAACAGGGCCCUCGAUGGCCGCUAUCACUGUUACACUCGAAUUCGGGGUUGAAUAAUUUGUGGACCGACGGUGCGCUCUUUUUAGUCCCUUCUCUCCACCAGUGCACCAUUUUACUGGUAUUUAAAACUACGCGGAAAGGAAAGAAGUCUGAUUCGAAGUCACACCUGAGAAUCGAACUCGGGAACUCUUGUAUCUAGGGCUGCGUACUAACCGGUUAUGUUUGCUUCUCCUUAUUCCUCCAAAUCAACAAGGAGGAUGGGUGGGCGUGCUGGGAAUACAUUAGCGUGAACAACUUCUACUUGACUUCCCCUUUCAUUAUGUGUCACCGACUCUGCUGGUUUAGCGAGACAGAAAAAAGCAAGAUACUGACAAUCUUAGGAAUUGAUAUCUCUUGCCUACUUUAUUCACUUCAUACACUUGUUGAAAUGUAAGCGACCGAGUUCCAAGUGCCCUUUUUUUCUUCAGGGGAGGAAGCAAAAGAGGAUAUCGAAUUUAACAUCAAAAGUCCCGAUGGCAAGUCACUGGAGAUGAUGCCUGUAAGAGACCAGUGUGAGGUGAGAUGGAAAUUCCGAAAUUCAUCUGGAAACAUUGUGGUUAUAUUCCCCAUGAAAGAGUCAAAAAAACGCGAAAGACUGGGUCGUGUUGUUCAAAGGCCGAUUAGCACAAUCGUGCAAUUAAUGCACAACUGACCUAAAAUCUAGGUUUAGUUACUAUGAAAACUCAUGUGUCUUUUUACAGUUAACCCAAGAUUAGAUCUAAUCCGGCUUCGAGCAACUCGACCAUGGAGAUUCUGGGAAAGUGCUCACCUAUCGGCCCCUACGCUAAUGGGGUUCGCCCCAUUCAUAUUUUUCAUGUGUACGGUUCACGGCCCUAAUCAGCUUGGAAUUUAUCAACAACAGUGGUGAUAGUUGGAGACAAAGUAUUAGGGAUAAUUUCGCAAUUGGUGAUUUCCUGUAUAUGUGAUUGCUUGCAGGCACUUCAGUCUGGCCUAUACUCGCUGGAUAUGAUGGAAAGCGUUGUUGCCAGAAUAUCAGAGAUCGCUAACAGUCGAAGCAAAGAAGGGAAAUAAGGCUUGUCGUGAACGGUACAUGAAUAGCGCCGUUGCAGUAGUGUUCGCCAUCAGAACCAUGAAUCGUCAUCAACUGAGGGGAGCCGGUAACUGGUCAAGUCUUUAGGCACCUUAGGCCACUGGUCUGGCUAACGGCACUGAUAGUGCUCCUUUGAACGAAUACUGUGAUACUGCGGAUGGGUUGCGGACUGUUAUCAACUGGUGGAUUAAAUUCCAGUCGACAAAUCGAGGCGCUUCACAGAGAAUCUAGGGAAUGAAGCGGAGGCUUACAAAGAAUCGAGUUUUAUUUCAAAUUUGAUUCUUGCUAGCGUAAACUAACCACAUUCUGAAACCGCAUUAUCUUAAAGAAACUUAACCUUUAUAUACUGAACAGUUUCAACAUCAAUUAUAAACUCGAAGGUUAACACGAACUAGUUAAAGAAGCGCAAGGGAAGAAUUUACUAUAAGAUUGUGAUCACUUUUUCUGCCUCAAUGAGAAACUGAAAGCAGUUGCUUAGAAUUUAUAUUUAUUCGAAUAAGCUUUGUCUUUAUAACAGCUGUCCUUCAAGAACUAACGGCACUCAUAGGAACCAUAUUACAUUGUUUCGGAGGC